GUAGGACGAAGGGAGAUGAGGCCGGGGUGCAAACAAAAGGGGUAUUUAAUAAACACAAAACUUCACAAAAGGUGCCGCAGACAUCAGGGAAUCACAAGGAUGGGAAAAAAACAGAGCGUGCUGGCUCAGAAAAAAUAUGAAACUACAAGAGACGAAGAAAAAUAUAUCGUUGCCACAAAGGGAGAUGAUACAUUUUUCAUACUAAAGAUCCCUCUAGACAGGAUAAACCAAAAUGUUCUGACCACGUUAACUUCAGAAAUAGAUACCCUCAACGCAAUAAACCAUCCACACAUUGUGAGCAGCAAGGAAUGUUUUACAGAUCAAAAUGUUUACUAUGUAGUGAUGGACUACUGUCAGGGAGGGAACCUGGGGAAAAUCAGAGAAAGGCCUACACUUCCACAAGAGUCUGAGGUACUGGGCUGCUUUAUUGAGAUUUGUUUGGCUUUGAAAGCCAUUCAUGAAGAAGGUUUGCUUCACAAAAAUCUGAAGACAGAGAGCAUACUCCUCACAGAAUUUGAAACAGUGUGCUUGGGCGGAUUUGGAAAAAUCCAUGAAAACAUCAAUUCAGGCACAAGGGAAAAGAUAAAUUAUCUGGCACCAGAAGUUUUCACAGAGGGGACCUAUGACACAAAGAGUGACAUCUGGUCAUUGGGAUGCAUACUCUUCGAGCUCUGUACUCUAAAACCAGCGUUCACGGCAGAGACUACAGUCACGCUCAUGCCCAAGAUAAUUGGGGGUCCUUACCCAUCUCUCCCAGACCAUUUCUCAGCAGAGCUUCGUGAACUGUUGAAUGACAUACUAGACAAAGAACCUGAGUCAAGGCCAACGGUCAACGAGAUCCUGGCACGUCCCAUGAUCAUAAGCUGUCUCUCAGCAAAGUGCAAAGCAACAGUUAACGAACUCAAGGGCAAGCUGACAAAUCUGAGGGAUCUGGCUGAUGGUUUGGAGCGUGUACAUAAGGGCGCCACGGUUGGCAGUCUGACAGGAGGAGUGCUUGGAGCAGUGGGAGGGAUCACGUCCAUAGUGGGCCUCAUACUAACCCCAUUCACUUUGGGAGCCUCUCUUAUUGUCACUGGAGUUGGUGUGGGUGUGGGUGCACUUGGUGGGGUCACUGCUGCUGCCUCAAAUAUCACCAAUAUGGUGAACCAGCAGUCGGACCGCAAAGCUAUUCGAAACAUGAUUAAAGAGUUUGAAGAGAAGAUUAAUGCAGUUGUCCUCUGGCUCAAGGAGAUUGGAAACAGCUUAGAAACAAUCAGAAGCAGUUGUGACUCAGUUAACAUAGUCGACGAUGAUAGCACAUUCAAAACAGAAAACCUGAAGAGGCUUGGCUUCAGGGCAGGAAAGGGCAUAGGUGGCAUCGCUGAACUUGUCAGACUAGUUCAAGUGGCAAAAAUCGGCAAGGUAGCUGCACAAGCAUCCAGGGUAGUACGUGUGGCAGAGGUAGCAACAGGUGUGUUUUCUGGUUUAUUUGUAGCAGUGGAUCUUUUCUUCAUUGCCAUGGAUGCUAAAGAGAUCCAUGACAUUAGAAAAGCACAGGCAGCACAGGCAGCAGAGGUGCAACCAGAUGCACCAAGUCCAGAGUUAUUGUUUGAAUGUGAAAUGAGUGACUUUGUGCCCACUUCUGACCAAAAUACACUGCUGUCUGACUCACAGACGAACGAGCCUGACGUGGCGGAAAAUGUGAAUGAGUCACAGGAUCAGUCUCCAGUCAGAUCUGAGAUCAUGAAAUUCGUUCGAUCAGUCAGGAUUGCGGCAAACCAUUUGGAAAAAGUCUUGAAUGAGCUCAAAAACAUAACCUUGUUGAUCCCUUCACUUGGAUAUGAAUGGGAGCUAGAGUGGCAGGACUUGGAAUACAGAUAAACCAGGGGGUACAUUCAUUAAACUCAUACACUCUGAUGGACCAUGCUGUCGCACAGUGCCUUAAUUCAUAGAACAGACUUGAGCUUUCCAAUCACCAACUCUAGCCAGCUAAUUCAAUUCUAUUAUGAGACUGGGCUGAAAUUCUAAGAAAUCAUGACACUGUUAAUAAUUGUAUAAUAACGAUUUGUCAGAAGUAACUUUGUUCAAGAUAUUUUCAUUAUGUAUAUGUUGAAUUGUUAUUGUUUAAAUGGUGUAUUGCUGUUUUAUUUUUCUUAUAAUUGGUCUUCUUCUCAUGUUAGACAUUUAUUGUUAAGGCUUAAUGAUCAAUGAGAUUGGUUUUCAACAUCUAAUGACUGCAAGAUCUUUAUCCACAUUUGAUCGAGGUGUUUAUUAUCAAAGCAUUAUGCAAUAAACCAAGUGGGCGGCACAGUGGCUCAGUGGUUAGCA